UAUAAGGUAUACAUUAAUACCAUAAUAAUCAAUCAAUAUAAUAUUAACGUUAAAAAAUUUUGAAAGUGAAAUAAAACAAAUAAUAAUAAAGAAGUUAUAAUAAUAAAAAAUAAAAACAAAUGAAGGUAGCUAAGAAAAUUGUAGGUAGGAGACCGAACCCAAAACGAAUUAAAAAGACUUGCUACAAUCAAGUAUAUACAGAAAAGGCAUGUAAAUGCGAAGAUAAGGAAGCUUUAAAGGCUUUCUUCGAAGAACUGAUGGAAAGAAAAAUGAGCCAAAUUUCUGCACAGUACCAAGAGCUCCUAGAAGAAGUAGCGCAACAGAAAGUCCUCAUUCAGGAGCUUCUGAAAGAACGCACCGACGACUCAUCGAUAAUGAGAGAAUUUCCAAUUAAAAACAAAACAGAUUUGGGCCGAAUUAAUGAAAAUAUAGAAGUUCGCGGAAAGAAGAACUACAUCAAAUGUAUGACUCAAAUUCUCCAGGGUUCUGGAGUGGUGAAAAACCUGAAGAAUAUUAUAACAGACGAAUUGGCCAUGCAGUACAAUAUUAAUGGAGUGUUGGGCAAAGAUUCGCUCAAAGGCUUUACAAAUUUUUUCGACGCCCUUAUUGAGUCCAUUCCUACCGGGAUAGACGCUGGAUCGCCAGAAAAUCAACUGCGCCAAGCCCUUCAGCGUCAAAAAAAACGCCUCAACGGAAAAAUACUAAAAAUUUUGCUACUUUAG